AUGGAUCCAGAUCAAGUCCCAAAUCUUUAUAAACAACAACGUGGACCUCCUAAGAUCAAAAAUAAAAAUCCAGCUCCAAUUCAAAUUACUGCUGAACAAAUUCUUCGAGAAGCUAAAGAACGUCAAGAAUCUGCAAAAAAAGCUCCUCGGCAAAAAAUCUCAGAUUUAGAAGAGCUAUCCGAGUAUCGUUUACGUAAAAGAAAAGAAUUUGAAGAUGCUAUAAGAAGAAACAGAUUAAAUGUUGGUAGCUGGUUAAAAUAUGCAGCAUGGGAAGAAAGUCAAAAAGAAUUAAAUAGAGCAAGAUCUGUAUAUGAAAGAGCAUUAGAUGUUGAAUCAAGAAAUGUCACUUUAUACAUUAAAUAUACUGAAAUGGAAAUGAAAAAUCGUAAUAUCAACCAUGCCAGAAAUUUAUUUGAUCGUGCUGUAACAUUAUUACCAAGGGUUGAUCAAUUCUGGUACAGAUACACUUAUAUGGAAGAGAUGUUGGGUAAUGUUGCAGGCGCAAGACAGAUUUUUGAACGUUGGAUGCAAUGGGAACCAGAUGAAUCAGCAUGGAAUUCUUAUAUAAAAAUGGAAAAAAGGUAUGGCGAAAUUGAUAGAGCUAGAGCAAUAUAUGAAAGAUUUGUGAGUGUACAUCCUGAACCUAAAAAUUGGUUAAAAUGGGUUAAAUUUGAGGAAGGUCAAAAUAAUUUAGAAAGGUGUAGAGAAAUUUUCAGUCAUGCUAUUGAAAUUUUGGGAGAAGAUCAAAUGGAUCAAAAGAUUUUUAUUGCAUUUGCAAAAUUUGAAACAAGGUCUAAAUCUGAAUCACUUUAUAAUGCAUACACACAAUUUGAAAAACAAUAUGGCGAUAAAGAAAGCAUUGAAGAUGUUGUAGUAGGAAAAAGAAGAGUCCAAUACGAUGAUGAAUUAGCAAAAAAUCCUAAAAAUUAUGAUGUAUGGUUUGAUUAUGCAAAAUUAGAAGAAAAUUCUGGCAAUGAGGAAAGAGUACGUGAAAUUUAUGAACGUGCAAUAGUUGAAGUACCACCAACUGAUGAAAAAAGGUUUUGGCGUCGUUAUAUAUAUUUAUGGAUAAAUUAUGCAUUAUAUGAAGAACUUGUAACUAAAGAUUAUGAUAGAACACGACAAAUUUAUCAGGCAUGUCUAAAAUUAAUACCUCAUAAACGAUUUACAUUUGCAAAAAUAUGGUUGCUUUAUGCGCAAUUUGAAAUACGACGUUUAGAAUUAAAGGCUGCAAGAAAAACUUUGGGUACUGCAAUUGGGAUGUGCCCAAAAGAUAGGCUUUUUAAAGGAUAUAUUGAAUUGGAAUUACAGUUACGAGAAUUUGAUCGUUGUCGUACUCUAUAUUAUAAAUAUUUGGAAUAUAACCCAGCAAACUGUUAUGCAUGGAUUAAAUUUGCAGAAUUAGAAAAAAUGUUGGGUGAUUAUGAUCGAUGUCGUGGUAUUUUUGAAUUGGCAGUCGAUCAACCAAUAAUAGAUAUGCCAGAACUUUUAUGGAAGGCAUAUAUUGAUUUUGAAUUUUCAGAACAAGAAUUUGAUAAGACAAGACAAUUGUAUGAACGUUUGUUAGAGAAGACAGGUCACGUUAAAGUGUGGAUUAGUUUUGCACAAUUUGAAUUGUAUGCUGAAGAAGGAGGAAAUAAAGAGGUUUCUGUAGAAAAAGCUCGUAAAGUGUUUGAAAGAGCUUAUAAUAGUAUAAAAGAAAGAGAUUUAAAAGAAGAGCGAGUUCUUUUAUUAGAAUCUUGGAAAGAUUUUGAAAGUAAUCAUGGUACUGAAGAUAGUUUAUCGGUUGUUGAAGGAAAAAUGCCUAAAGUUGUUAAGAAAAGACGCAAAUUGGAUGACGCUGAGGGUCACACUGGUGGUGUUUCAUGGGAAGAAUAUUUUGAUUAUAUAUUUCCUGAUGAUCAAACUCAAAAACCAAACUUUAAAUUAUCAGCUACAGCUCAUGCUUGCUGA